AUGGUUAAUUAUGAACAAGGUACAAAUACAUACAGUAUUCAAGUGUACGAGAAAUGGGAAAAGAAACAAAAGAACUUAGAGGACAAUCUGGAAGAAAUGAAAAGAAAAUUAAAGGAGUAUCGAAUGAAAUGUGAACAAGUCAGUCAAAGCCAGAUCAAUCAACAGUCGAAAGAUUUGAUGUUUGAACAAGAAAGCAUGAAGGAAGACUUAGAAAAACUGGAUGCAAUGUUUGAGGAGGCAAAAUCAAAAGAAAAUACAAACGUUUUACAAUGGCAGAAAGACGAGAAUGAAGUGUUAGAAAUAUUAAACGAAAAACUUCAACAGACAAAAGUAGAACAAGAAAGAAUAAUCUUUCAAUUGAAAGAUGAAAUGAAUCAAGAAUUUAAAAACAUGGAUGAAAAAUCCGAGAACAUAAAAUCAGAGUACGAAAGUAAACUUUUGCAAUUGCAGAAUGAAAUAAUUGAAGAAUUUAAAAACUUGGAUUCAAAAUUACAACAGUCAGAAUCAGAACAAAAAAGUACGAUAACUCAAGUUCAGAAUAAGAUAAAUGAAGAAAUAAAAAAUUUGCAUUCAAAAUUUCAACAGUCAAAAUUAACACAAGAAAAUGCGAUUUCGCAAUUGCUGGAACAGAAGACUGUUUUAAAGGAAUUGGAAGUAAAACUGCUAGAUGCAAAAGCAGUAAGACAUUUAACACGUGAGAAAAUUUGCACCAUUUUGACUCUUGAAUGUGAACAAGAAAGCAUGAAGGAAGACUUAGAAAAACUGGAUGCAAUGUUUGAGGAGGCAAAAUCAGAACAGGAAAAACAUAUUUUACAAUUGAUACUCAAUGAGAAGAAUAAAGCUAAAUUAGUAAGCAAUUGA